CGGGACGGCUAGGCAGAAUCGAAAAAGAGGGGUACCCUGUCCUCAAAGAAAGAUUUUUUGAAAAUGUAAUGUCACAAGUUUUUUUCUGCUUGGCUCAAUCUUCUAGAACCACAUCUUCCGGGUCAAAAGUUAGGAAAACUGAUUUUCUCAAAGAAACGGUCUAUUUUUCAAAGGAAAAAAUUGCUUGGCAAAGAUUUAAAUUUUUUAUGCAGAAAGGCUCGGUUCCGGUUAAAGGAAGAUCGUAUCGUGGUGUUAAGAUUACAACAGCUGAUUUACGUGCCUAUCGUUGGGCUUUGAAGAGUAAAGCAGUAAUCAGUACAAAAACAUUCUGUUCAACAUCAGUGGAUCGUCAUGUUGCUGAACGGUUUGCUGGCGCUUCACAUCCUCAUGCUGACAAACAAAGCGUUCUGAUAAUCUUCAACUUUUCACAGAUAUGUAAUACAGCAAUUGAUUUGAGACGAUUGUCACAUGAUCUUCCGUGUCUCUCAGAAUAUGAAAACGAAGCUGAAAUUCUAGUUUUGCCGCUAUCAAUAUUUCAAGUGAAAUCAACUGAGGAAAAUUCGGGUAAGAUCGUGAUUGAACUCGAAAAUAUUCCAAUGCAAUGA